AUGGGUUUCUCAAGUAAUAUGCUGCUGACUGCUGUUGCAUUUCUAGCAGGAGUCUUAUCACACGCCUCCCCGAAUCAAAGCCACAACUCGAAGAUAACUGCUCCAUAUGCGAAUGUUGUUUCCAGUUCUUUCUCCCAGGGCACUGCUCCAAAAAGGUUAUUAAGAUCCAGCGACUCGCGAGUCUCGGCCGGAGAUAACAACGACGAGAGAGCUACCGUAUCCGGGCUAUCGAAGAUCGACAACCUGAUGCAAAGAAUUCGGAAUUCCAGAUCGGAGAAAGCGGCAAAGCGUGGCUCCAGUCCCAAGUCCAUCCUACACAACUCUUUCGAAACUUACAUCUUGGAGAGGGUGUAG